CCUCCACUGCCGCCGCCAAUGGCUGCCCGACCGCUUCCCGCGUCCUUUGCACGCCGUGUGCUCUCGUCGCAUGCCCAUUAUUCUCCGCCACUCGCCCGCCUCAGAAUCGCCGCCUCGCCCUCUCUCCACUUCAACUUCGCUGCAUCGAGACUAUACCGACCAGCUCUACGGAUAGCAGGCCAGCGGAGGGCACUUUCAUCCACAGCACGUGUCAAGCUUGCCCAGCCAGAUGAUGCCUUUGACAUACGGCAGGCAGAACGCGAAUCCGACCAGGUCGAUGUCUGCAUCGUCGGUGGCGGGCCGGCAGGGCUUUCGGCCGCCAUUAAGUUGAAGCAGCUGGCAAAUGAGGCGGGAAACGAAGACUUCCGCGUACUGGUGCUGGAGAAGGCUGGAGACCUUGGUGACCACAUCGUCUCAGGCAAUGUCAUCGAGCCCUCGGCUCUCGAUGAAUUGCUUCCCGACUGGAAAGAUGAAGCCAAUCCGAACCGUUUCGAGCACAUCACCCCUGCCAAGGAGGAUCGAAUGCGCUUUCUCACCAAGACCGGCUCCAUUCCCAUGCCCAAGCCUCCACAGAUGAACAAUCAUGGCAAUUACAUCAUAAGCUUGAACCAGCUAGUCAAAUGGCUAGGCGAACGUGCCGAGGAGGUUGGCGUGGAAGUCUACCCUGGCUUUGCAGCAUCGGAGAUUCUAUACAACCACGAAGGUGUGGUGACGGGUGUCGCAACCAAUGAUCUGGGUAUCUCACGGUCCGGCGAACCCAAGGACUCGUUUGAGCGGGGCAUGGAGUUUCAUGCACGCGUCACACUGCUCGGGGAAGGUGCUCAUGGCAGCUUAACCAAGCAGGUCGUGAAGAAGUUCGACCUUAGGCGGGACAGCCAACACCAGACGUACGGCCUUGGAAUCAAGGAGGUCUGGGAGAUACAGCCGGAGAAGUUCCAGUCAGGCCUCGUCGUACAUUCCAUGGGCUACCCUCUUCCCAAAGAUACCUAUGGCGGCGGAUGGAUGUAUCACUUCGGUGACAACAUGGUGAGCAUCGGCCUCGUGGUGGGUCUGGACUAUCCCAACCCGUGGCUUGCGCCUUACGGCGAGUUUCAAAAAAUGAAGCAUCACCCUCUGUACAAAGAUGUACUGGAAGGCGGCAAGUGUAUUUCUUAUGGUGCUAGGACUUUAAACGAGGGUGGAUUUCAAUCCAUACCCAAGUGCGCAUUCCCAGGUGGUGCCUUGAUAGGGGACACUGCCGGCUUCCUCAAUGUGCCUAAAAUCAAGGGUACUCACACAGCCAUGAGAUCUGGCAUGUUAGCCGCAGAAGCAACCUGGGAUGCAUUGCAGGAUAACAAGGAUGGGACCGUCUUCCUAUACGACUACGAAGACAAGCUGCGCAACUCGACCAUCUGGAAAGAGCUGAAGCAAGUAAGGAAUAUGCGGCCUUCCUUCCACACCCCGCUAGGUUUGUAUGGUGGUAUCCUAUACUCAGGUCUGGAAGCAUACGUACUACGCGGCAAAGCUCCCUGGACGCUGAAGCACGGGAAGCCCGAUCAUGCUUCCACUAAGCAUGCCGAUCAGUGCCAAAAGAUCGACUACCCCAAACCCGACGGCAAGAUCAGCUUCGAUAUUUUGACAAGCGUUAGCCGGAGCGGCACCAACCACGAAGAAGAUCAGCCCGUUCAUUUGCAUGUGGAAGACUGGGACGCACACGCUCAAAAGGAAUGGCCUGCAUACAAGGGCGUGGAGAACCGGUUUUGCCCUGCAGGCGUGUAUGAAUACGUCGAGGACGACAGCAAAGAUCUGGGCGUGCGCUUCCAGAUCAACUCGCAAAACUGCGUUCACUGUAAGACGUGCGACAUCAAAGUGCCGGACCAAGACAUCACCUGGAAGACCCCCCAGGGCGGCGAAGGGCCAAAGUAUGUGUUGACUUGA